GCGGAAUCGCAGAUAUGCCCUUGGGCCACGCCUUCCUUCUUAUCCCCUGCGCCUGCCCUCCCCCCUCUUCCUGCAGCGUCCGUCGCCCCCUUUCCCCUCCCCAUCCCCGCGGGCCGCCAGAGGCAAAUUCGACCUCGAUUCGUCCCCGCUUCGCCCGGCCGCCAGCGGGAUUCCCUCCGCCCCGCGCGGAUCUGACCGCUGCGCUCCGUCACCACGCCGCUCCAAUCCGCCAUGAAGGGGGCCAAAUCCAAGGGCGCCGCCAAGGCCGAUGCCAAGCUGGCGGUGAAGAGCAAGGGUGCGGAGAAGCCCGCCAAGGGCAGGAAGGGGAAGGCCGGCAAGGACCCCAACAAGCCCAAGAGGGCUCCCAGCGCUUUCUUCGUCUUCAUGGAGGAAUUCCGCAAGGAGUUCAAGGAGAAGAACCCUAAGAACAAGUCUGUCGCUGCGGUGGGAAAAGCUGCCGGUGACAGGUGGAAAUCCCUCAGCGAAUCGGACAAGGCUCCCUAUGUAGCCAAGGCUAAUAAGCUCAAGCUAGAGUAUAACAAGGCCAUUGCUGCCUACAACAAGGGCGAGAGCACCGCUGCUGCUAAGAAGGCUCCUGCCAAGGAGGAGGAGGAGGAAGACGAAGAGGAGUCUGACAAGUCCAAGUCGGAGGUCAAUGAUGAGGAUGACGACGAGGGUAGCGAUGAGGACGAAGACGAUGACGAGUGAUGGAGCUUGCUCUGAGACGAUGGACCAUGCUUUGUCCAACAAUGGAGCUGCGACAGAAAGGCCCUGUGGCGAAAAACUAUAAGGAGCCUAUAUCCAUGUACUAGAAUUAUUCAGUUUCACUUCACAUCGUGAUGUUUUUACUUUUGUCGUGCUAUAACGGAUAGCGCUCCUUGUUGGCGCCACCGGCGGGUGGUUUUGCUUCUGGUCUGGUGUGUGGCCACACUGGACCAGCAGAGACGCCCGCUUGUACCUAGAUUACUGUUUCCAUUGUCGUCAUCGGCUAACAUUGUGAUAAUAUCAGUUUGGGUAAUGUUAGAUUAAGUAAUCAUUGUGUUCGAUA